AUGGCACUAGAGACUAAGAGCAGAGAAGACGGCCUGGAGUACACCAUUGUUCUCUACCUCACAGGGCCCAUCACCAUGGGAACUGAACCAGCCAAUCAGAACCCUCAGAUAUCAAAGGAGGCCUUUAUCAGCUGCGCCAUCUCUCCCCAUACAAGUCAUCACCUCAUCGUCAGGACCUCCAGGGACUCUGUGCUCCUGGAUAAGCAAAUCCAGUCACCUUCCAUUUUCCACCAGGAAAGAAAGGAGGGGUCUGUGGUCUGGCAUGGCCUGGGGCAAGAUCAAACCCUGCAGCCAUCUCACCUAGAACUUGAGGCACGCGUGUCACUAUGCCGGGACCCGGGAGAGCCUCAGGAGCUCCGGAAAAGUUCCUGCAGUGACCUGGGAGGGCUCCUGAGCGGUGAGAGUGAUGUGUUGAGCACGAGACACCGAAGCCCCGAGAGCUGCAGUGACAUCAGCCUGGUGGGCAGCGGUUACGAGGGCGACAAGGAGAACAGUGAGAUCAGCUUGGUGAGCAGUGGCCGAGUCAAAAGCCUGAGUCGAAGGCUCACUGGCCAGGUGAACGACACUGAAACCAGGCACCUUGGCGCCGCCUACACUCCCAGACAGUUAAAGAGGCGGCAGGGUGGCCACGCAGAGAAGAGCCAGCAGGCUGGCAGGGCAAAGCGAGACCAGCCUGCUGGGCAGUGGGGUCAGCAGCCUGACUGGCAGCAAGACAGCUUGCCUUCCACACAGGCCAGCAGCUACCAGACCUUCAGGGUGGAGAGCACCACCAACGUGCCGGAUGACAAAGCUCAGGACGUCGUGAAACAUAGCCUCCAGACUUGGGAGGACAAGGAGCUGCCCAGAGGAGUCCUUGCUGCCCCCCACCGGCGGCUUGCAACACUGCAGCGAGGGCUGCCCCGGGCCCGGGAUCCUCCCCUGGCGGCCUCCCUGCAGCCCGCGCCCACUGUGCAAUGGGCUCGGCCACCUCCCCAGGCGCACUGCCUAGCAACCGGUCCUAGCAACGGGCCCUAG